AUGAGUCCAAUAACCCUUGGUAAUCUACAGCGCUACGCAGAAAGCAAGGCAGUGUUGCGAAAAACGAUGCCCUUGGCGCGACGCGUUCUGGGAGAGAGUCAUGAACUCACGCUCACGGUGAGACAGAAUUACGCGGCGGUGCUCUGCAAUGACCCCAGCGCCACGCUCGACGAUAUGCGCGAGGCUGUAACGACGCUCGAGGAGUCGGAACGCGUCGCGCGGCGCGUGUACGGCGGCGCGCAUCCGCUCGCAUCGGGGAUUGAGCACGCCCUGCGAAACGCGCGAGCCGCGCUCCGCGCCCGCGAGACGCCGCCGGAGGCAGUCUAA